GGAGGCCUAGGGCCACAGGCAGAAAACCCAGUCUUCACCCCAGCCUUCCCCAGCUGUGUUCAGCUUCUUUGAGGUGCCUCUGUACCCCUUUGUUUUACUGAAACAACAGAGUACUUUGAAAGAAGACUGUUUUGGGGUAAGGCUGUGGAUAACUAAGCAGAGGGACAAGGACUCUGGCUAGAAGGGACACAGUGUUUUUGACAGGACUGGGCUAGAGCCAGCAGGGUAAAAGAGGCAGAAGGUUGGCAUUAGGCACUUCCUAGGCCUAUGGGUCCUAGUUCCUGGCAUGUGGCCCUGAUCUUGGGGCCUGUCUGCCAGUUCCCUGCCUACACUGGUAUAGGUGACAAGCAGUUGGCCAUGCAGGCUGUGCUGGCUAGGCACAAUACAUCAGAGUGAAAGGGGGCCCCUUAGGGGCCUCAAGCUGGAGGGAAGAAGGCAAUUCCAUAUCAUAUCCAUUGCAUUUAGCUUUGCAUGGCCAUUAAUAUCAGGUGACACAGAUUUGGGCCACUCUCCCCUCCUAUGACCUCAGUGUCCCCAGGACCUACCCUUCUUCUAGUAUCUGUGGUUAGAAGGUUGGUGUCCUUGGAAGAGCUGGCUGCUGGUUAAAUUUAGAGUGGCGUGAUGCAGCUGUCUGAAGUCCACCGGCUGCCACUGCUGCCAUUUGGGCCCUAUUGCUAAGGGCCACAGUGGCUGAUUCUGCCUGGGCCAAGCCUAUAUUAAUCUGUGCUCUGGCCUGAGGGCCUGAGGGCCAGAGAGAAGCCAAGUGAGCUGGGAGACUGCUGUAGUAGAGGUAAGAGGCGAGAGGUGAGUGUGUAUUCAGUACAGGGGUGCUUGUGCCAUUUCUGCCAGACUUCAGGGACACAGGGACAAAGACUCACCUCAGACCUGCCUAGCUUCCUGCUGCCCAGCUCAGAUGUCCCCAGCCCUGAGCUUCAAGUCCCUCAGGGACUUAGCUGACCAAUGUGGAGCAUAGCCCUUAGGCUUCCUGCAAGGCCUGGAGGGUGGGGCUCUAAGGACCUAUCACAGCUUACUUCCUACUCUCUACCAAUCAGGAACAAGAGGGAAGGGAACUUAGGUCACUCUUGGCCUGGAGUGUGGCCUUAAGGGCACCCUCUGGCUGAUGUGUAUUAAAAGGGCAUGAGGGCAACUCAAGAUGAGGUGUCAGAGGGUUCAGGACUGGCUGUCCUGUCUCCAGUCCCUUCCCUUCCCUCUAAACCCUUGAGUAGUCAUCAGGGACCAAGGUCCAACCAUAGCACUCUCCUUCCUUUAUCAUAUAUAGAACCCAGUGACUAAACUCCCUCCCCCUCCCCCAAUGCUCCCCAGAUUCCUAAGGCCUGUUUUAGUUACCUAGGAGACAAGUCCAUUGGCCUAAGUAAAGACGGGGGUGUCUCAUAGGGCUAGCUCAACUGGGCCUUGUUGGGGUAAGUCUCCACUAGUCCCUGGCUCCAUUAUUAGGCCCAGUUGCAGAGGACUCUCCUCUCCCAGCUGCCAGUGUGUCAGUUAUUGAACCAUCCGAGUGUCCCUACCCCCUAGUGGGUAUCCUACUCUGUCACAGGGGACACUGGGCGGCACUGGGCCUCGCCCCAAGCCCCGCCUGCUGCCUUACCCACUCCCUCUGGCUCCCUGGGGUAGAACUGUGCCCAGACCGGUAGGGCGGGGCCCAGGCUGCUCCAGCUCCUUCAGGCUUUUCUAUCCCUUUCAGUAGGGCUAGCAGGCAGAAGUGAAGAGGGUGCUGUCUUACCAUAUGCAGGCUCCCUACCUCCAGCCCUGAUUCCCCAUCUGGACCCUUCUGCUGCCUCCUAAGCUACUUAUCCUUCCUGGUUUGAGGAGUCAUGGCUUCAGUAGUAAAUGAUCAGAGCCUGGCUGCAAGGAAUGGGCCGAAGCGGAAGGUGCUAACGCUGGAUACCAUGAACCCAUGUGUACUGCGUGUGGAGUAUGCUGUUCGAGGACCCAUAGUGCAGCGUGCCUUGGAGCUGGAACAGGAGCUGCGCCAGGGUGUGAAGAAGCCCUUCACUGAGGUCAUUCGUGCCAAUAUUGGGGACGCACACGCCAUGGGGCAGAGGCCCAUCACCUUCUUUCGCCAGGUCCUGGCCCUCUGUGUCCACCCUAAUCUUCUGAGUAGUCCUGACUUCCCAGAAGACACCAAAAGAAGGGCAGAGCGUAUUUUGCAGGCAUGCGGGGGCCAAAGCCUGGGGGCCUAUAGCAUAAGCUCUGGCAUCCAGCUGAUCCGGGAGGACGUGGCGCAGUAUAUACAAAGGCGAGAUGGAGGCAUCCCCGCAGACCCGAAUAACAUCUUCCUGUCCACGGGGGCCAGCGACGCCAUCGUGACAGUACUGAAGCUGCUGGUGGCGGGUGAGGGCCAUAAGCGCACGGGCGUGCUCAUUCCCAUCCCUCAGUACCCACUCUACUCGGCUGCGCUGGCUGAACUGGACGCUGUGCAGGUGGACUACUACCUGGAUGAAGAGCGCGCCUGGGCUCUCGACCCGGUGGAACUGCGGCGCGCUCUGUGCCAGGCACGUGACCGUUGCUGCCCUCGCGCGCUCUGCGUCAUCAACCCUGGCAACCCCACCGGGCAGGUGCAGACACGUGAGUGCAUCGAGGCCGUGAUCCGCUUUGCUUUUGAAGAGGGGCUCUUCCUGAUGGCUGAUGAGGUGUACCAGGACAACGUGUACGCUGAGGGCUCCCAGUUCCAUUCAUUCAAGAAGGUGCUCAUGGAGAUGGGACCUCCAUAUGCAACGCAGCAGGAGCUUGCUUCUUUCCACUCAGCCUCUAAGGGCUACAUGGGCGAGUGUGGAUUCCGCGGUGGCUAUGUGGAGGUGGUAAACAUGGAUACCGAGGUGCAGCGGCAGAUGGGGAAACUAAUGAGUGUGCGGCUGUGCCCACCGGUUCCGGGUCAGGCCCUGCUGGACAUGGUGGUCAGCCCACCCAUGCCUUCUGACCCAUCCUUCAAGCAGUUUCAGACAGAGAAGCAGGAGGUGCUGGCUCAGCUAGCAGCCAAGGCCAAGCUCACUGAGCAGGUCUUCAACAAGGCUCCUGGCAUCCGCUGCAACCCAGUACAGGGUGCUAUGUAUUCCUUCCCACGAGUGGAGCUGCCCCAACGUGCAGUGCAAUGUGCUCAGGAACUUGGCCUGGCCCCUGACAUGUUCUUCUGCCUGCGCCUCCUGGAGGAAACUGGCAUCUGUGUGGUGCCUGGGAGUGGCUUUGGGCAGCAAGAGGGCACCUACCAUUUUCGGAUGACGAUUCUACCCCCUAUGGAGAAGCUGCAGUUGCUGCUGGAAAAACUGAGGAGUUUCCAUGCCAAGUUCACCCAUGAGUACUCUGAGGCCACUGCUGAGACCACACUGGACAGCCCCUGACUGAACAAGCUGAGGGAAUCCUCAGGACUUGCUGCUUUUUGCCUGCAGUGUGGGCACCUGCCCCUUGCAGGUCCAUAAUAAAGCUGGGUGCUGGUCUGACCCUG